UAUAUAAUAAAUAAAAGUUGGCACCAAAUAAAGUAUGGUUUACAGUACUUCCUGUGGAUUCCGGAACUGUGUGACUGACUUUGCCAUUGUUUUACUGUUUUUACUGCUAUACCAUUCCGACGCUUAACAAAGGUCAAUGUUGUUCACAUCAAGUCUGGAAAUUCCUUAGCUACUAUUGGAGGACUGUCUCCAAAGAGCACAAUAUCUGACAUCAAGCGGGAAUAUUCCAAAUGCAAUCCCAAAUAUUAUGCUGACAGACAAGCAUACAAGUUGGAUCCUCGUGGGAAAAUGCUGAAAGAUGGGGACACGCUAGAAAGUCUAAACAUUAGCACCAAUGGCAAGCUGUAUUUUAAAGAUUUGGGACCACAAGUGGGCUGGACAACAGUGUUUCUAACAGAAUAUGCUGGGCCACUUGUCAUCUACCUCAUAUUCUAUUCUAGACCAGCUAUCAUAUAUGGUGCUGGGGAAGCUACCAAAACAUACAGUCAAGUUGUCAACAUUGCAGCAGGAUGCUGGACAUUCCAUUAUGCUAAACGUUUGCUGGAGACCUUAUUUGUGCACAGAUUUUCACAUUCCACCAUGCCUAUAUUUAAUAUUUUUAAGAACUCCAUUUACUAUUGGGGCUUUGCUGCAUUUGUUGCUUACUUUGUGAAUCAUCCUUUGUACACACCUCCAGGUUAUGGUGAGCUGCAAAUCAAGCUGGGAUUAGGCUGUUUUAUUUUGGCUGAACUUGGAAAUUUCUCCAUUCAUGUAGCACUCAGAAACCUAAGGCCAGCAGGAUCAAAGGAAAGAAAAAUCCCCUACCCAGGCUUAAAUCCAUUCACUUGGCUGUUCAAGUUGGUUUCCUGUCCUAAUUAUACGUAUGAGGUGAUGGCCUGGCUGGGUUUUACUGUCAUGACUCAAUGUCUGCCUGCUGGACUGUUUUGUUUAGCAGGGUUUUAUCAAAUGGCAGUAUGGGCCAAGGGGAAACAUAGAAACUACUUGAGAGAAUUUAAAGAGUACCCACGUCUACGCAGUGCCAUCAUCCCAUUCCUCUUGUAGAAGUUGUGUGCAUGCUAGGAUUACUUGGAAGACAGUGGAUGAAUGAGAUCAAUUCAUUCUUCAUUUGUAAUGUUUCAAGAACUGUUUAGCAUUGUUUGAAGGCAUCAUUUGUUUUUUAACUAAAUAAAAUAGCUGGUAACACUUGCAGUAGGUGUUGUGGCUAGCCAUAAGUGGACAUGCCAGUAACACUUGCAGUACGUGUUGUGGCUAGCCAUAAGUGGACAUGCUGGUAACACACUCAAACAUUUUCAUCAACAGAUUUGCUUCAAUUAGAUUUUAUUUUGUAUUACUUUUUAUUAAUAAAAAUCAUUUGUAUAUUUGA